AUGGAAAUUCACACAAAGCAAACACGCCUUCAUUCCCAGCACGGCUCUUCUGAAUUGUGUGAGAAAGAAAGCCAGACUAUGAUCCAACCAUCAAACUCCAUCUCAAACGAAAACACCUCAUUAGAUUCUCCCCAGGCAGAAUUGGAAAGAUCUAAGAAAAUUGACGGUCACAAAAAGUUCUCUCGCCUCGGUUGGAAACGUCUCGUCAUUAUUCUCAUCGUGGAAGCCGUUGCUCUCGGGAGUCUAAGUCUCCCCAAGUCAUUCAUGACUCUCGGUAUGGUCGGAGGCGUUGUCUGUUCCGUUGGGAUCGGUCUCAUUGCCACAUAUGCUAGCUAUGAGGUUGGGGCGGUAAAGGUCAAAUAUCCAGAGGUUGAGCACUAUGGAGAUAUCGGGAGGCUUAUUCUGGGAGAAAAGGGUUUCUGGAUCAUCACAGUUGUCUUUAUCUUUCAGCUGAUAUUAAGCGUGGGGUCGCACUGUUUGACUGGUAUCAUUGCCUUGGCUGAUAUCACGCGAAGUGACGUUUGUAAUGUGGUAUUCGGAAUGGCCUCAGCCUUGAUUAUACUUUUACUGGCCAUUCCACCAACUUUUGCCGAUAUCGCUAUACUUGGGUAUAUCGAUGUCGUCUCAAUCCUCACAGCUAUCGGGAUCACAAUCAUCGCAACAGGCGUACAAAGCUCUCAAGAGAAUAAUUCCUCAUCGCGGGCAAAUUGGUCAGCGUGGCCUCCAGAAGGCACCGAUUUCGCGACAGCCAUGGUGGCAAUUAAUAACAUUGUUUUUGCAUAUUCGUUUGCACCCGCAAUACCAUCAUUUGUCAAUGAAAUGCACACCCCAGAGGACUACACCAAAGCAUUAUAUGCACUGGGCAUCAUUGAGAUCGUUCUUUACACGCUUAUUGGCUCUCUUGUCUAUUCAUUUGUGGGAAUGGAUGUGCAAUCCCCUGCCUUACUCUCAGCCGGACCGCUUUUAUCGAGAAUCGCUUUUGGUGUUGCCCUUCCAGUCAUCUUCAUAUCUGGAUCCAUCAACACCAAUAUUGUUGCUCGCUAUAUCCAUACACACGUAUAUCGUGAUUCCAUUCACCGCUACGUGAAUACGAGGAUGGGUUGGGUAACCUGGUGUUUGCUUGUGAUAGUCCUAACGCUUCUUUCGUGGGUAGUUGCGGAGGCUAUUCCAGUGUUCUCACUCUUGCUAUCAAUCAGUACGUCCUUGUUCAAUUCAGGGCUGUCGUUCUACAUUCCUGCAAUUAUGUGGUUUGUUCUUGUUAAAGAAGGCAGCUGGUUCUCCCGACAAAAUAUUCAACGGUCCAUUUACAACGGUAUUGUCUUUCUUUUUGGCAUCAUCAUUCUUGUAGCCGGGCUGUAUGGAACUAUUGUGGAUUUGAUACGAGAAUCCAAAGAUACCAGUUUCGGUCGACCCUUCACGUGCUCUGUCAUUACAUGA